AUGCGUCACAACCCGGCGACGACCCUCCUCCUCGCCCUCGGCGCCGUCCUUUCCACCGCCAGAGCCGACAACGAUAACCCGCCCGUCCCCAAAUCAGGCCUCCAGCAAUCAUGGGCCUCACCCGCCAAAGAAACCGUCACCUCGGGCCAUGAGAUUGAGCAACAGGUUGCCUUGGGAUGGUCUCCGAAGCCGACGCAGCCGCCCAAGCCUUUGUUCGGCAGGAUGAUGAUGCCGCGGGCGGAUGGCUAUACGCUGGGGCCAGAGACGUGUGGGUUUGUGCCUGGGAAUGAUGGCAACUCUUAUACUUGCAUCUCGUCCGGGUACACUUGCACGCCUCAAGGAGGCCACGUGGGAUGCUGUCAGCCAAACAGCUCCUGCAGCCAAAUCAAGACGACGUGUAUCGACUACAAAGCCUCACAGACCGGUGCCUGCAACCUGCCGUCCGAUUUUCACACUCUCUGCUGCGCUUCAACGGAGCCGGCUUGUUACACUUGGGUCAUUUCCACGUCCGCGUCAACCGACAAGGCCGUUGAACUGUACACCAUUUUCGGAUGCUCCUUGACGGCUGGCAGGGGCACUCUCCUGACUGUCGAUCCAGGUUGGUUGGCAACACACAGCUUCGGCUCCACGACAACGACGGCUUCAACCGCAUCGACCGAAUCCGCUUCAGCCACAUCCACUCCCGAUUCUAACAGCGGCAAAAGCAGUACUCCAGUGGGCGCCAUUGCAGGAGGCACAGUCGGAGGUGUUGCAGCUCUUGGCCUCGUUGGCCUGGCCGCUUUUCUGCUCUACCGCCACCGUAAUCCUCGCAAUACCGCUCCUCCUGCUGGCCAGCCUCCGCAAGGACAGAACAAUGCCGCCGGCGGAGCUGUCUAUCCCUCAGGUGUACCGGCUGGUUAUGCGCCGGUGCCGAUGCAGCAGCAAGGCUACUAUCCGCAGCAGUUCCAGGGACAGUAUCCUCCCCAGCAGCAGCAGUACAAUUACAACUACCCGGCGCAAACGGCGAGCACGUCUCCAGUGCAUACGACUCCUUCUCCGGGCGUUUUCAAAGAGGGCGAGGCGACUGCAACCGAGCUGCCAACGACAAGCCCGCUUGGAGCAGAGACGAACAGGGCAGAGCUGGGAGUAGAGACGGACAGGGCAGAGCUGGGUGGUGGUAAGUAG